GCGUAACCCACGCUAACUCGCCAUCUUUUCCAGGUGACUUCCGGUUUUAAAAGGACCCUGUUGAAAGUGAUCAGAUAACUCAAGGGAAAGUACAUAGCGAUGGCAACUAAAACCCCUAGAAGCAGUAAGAAAACUACUAUCACAACCACUACAACACAACGGACGUCAACCCCGUCCACAUCUGCAGCAUCUUCACCCGGCCGGCGUGCGAGGUCUCCAUCACCGGCACGCAUCUCCCGUCAACAAGAAAAGGAGGAGCUGUCAAGUUUGAACGAUCGCUUAGCAGCUUAUAUCGACAGAGUCAGAUAUUUAGAAAAUGAGAAUAGCCGCUUACAAGUUGCUGUGAAAUCAACAGAAGAGACCGUCACCCGUGAAGUAUCAAGUGUGAAACAUUUGUACGAAACGGAGUUGGAAGAUGCACGGAAACUGCUUGAUGACACUGCAAAGGAGAAAGCCAGAUUGCAAAUUGAGGCAUCCAAACUGAAAGCUGAAACAGAUGAAUGGAGAUCUAAAUACUAUAAAAGGGACAAGGAAGCUAAGGAUGCAGAAGGACAACUACAUGGUUUGCAAAAGGACUUGGCAGACUUGGAAGGUAGACUGGCUGUAUCUGAACAGCAAAGAAAACAUUGGGAAAAGGAAUAUAAUAAAAUUAAAGGUGAUAUUGCAGCGUUGGAAAGACAGCUUGCAACCAGUAAAAAGCAGCUAGAAGAGGAAACCUUAGCUAGGGUAGACCUACAGAACAGAUUACAGACCAUGAAGGAGGAACUGACCUUUAAAUCUCAAAUGCAUGAACAGGAAUUGAACGAAACCCGAGUAAGAACCACAAGAGAGGUGGAAGAAGUAGAUUCAAGUGUGAGAAUGGACUAUGAGACUAAACUGCAGGAUGCAUUGAGGCAAAUGAGAGAUGAAAGUGAUGAGAAACUGUUUGUUGGCAAACAAGAAAUAGAGACAGUUUAUGAGAGAAGGAUUGAUGACCUACAGACCCAGUUAGAGAGGACAUUGAAUGAUUCCAGUGUACAUAACCAUGAUGCUUAUACCUAUCGUAGACAGGUGGAUGAACUCAAUUCAGAGCUAGCAAGACUCAAGGACCAGAACAUUUCAUUAGAAGGAAGAGUACGAGCUUUGGAAGCUCAAUUAAUGAAGGAACAAGAUGAUUUCCUAGAAAGAUUAGCUCAGAAAGAUUUAGAUAUGACUGCUAUACAAGAAAACCUCAACGAAUUAACACAAGAAUACAGCGAUCUGCUUGAAAUAAAAAUCAAACUUGAUCUUGAAAUAGCCAACUACCGAAAACUGUUGGAAGGCGAAGAAGACAGACUCAAUAUUAGUAGUAUUAGUUCUGCUUCUCCCGGUACUCCUGGCAGAGGUGCUAAGAGGAAGAGAGUGGCAUUGUCAGAAGAAGUAACAGAGUUUGGAGAGACUUCCAGUGGAUUAUCUUCCACUAGUGAGGCUACCGGUAAUGUGGUUGUCAGUGAUGUAGAUGCUGAUGGAAAUUAUAUACAGCUGAAAAACAACUCUGAUGAGGAUAUUCCAAUCGGAGGAUGGCAGCUAAAGUUAAAACAUGAAGAUGAUGCAGAUGCUGAUGAAGUAGCUCAUUACAAAUUCCAUCGCACAUUGCAUCUAAAAGCUGGCCAGACAUGUACUGUAUGGAGCUCUGGUACUGGGAAGACACAUACUCCACCAAGUGAUCUUGUCAUGAAGACACAGAAAUGGUUAAAGAGCAAGGACUUAAUGAAAGCAGAAUUAUACAAUUCUGAUGGAGAUGAGGUAGCUAGCAGAAAGUUGUCCAAGAAGAUCUCUAGAACCACUUCUUCCUUCAGAACCAGUUAUGAUACAGUAGAUUCUUCUAGAAGAGACAGGGAAGGAUGCUCAGUUAUGUAAUCCUUAUAUUGAAGUGCUUCAUGUGUUCUAGCCACGUAAUAUAUGCAGGGUGCAGUGCUAGCUCUCUACUUUGUGCUGUUUUAUCAUGUGUGUCCUUGUUUGGUAAAAUAAGUGUGAAAUCACAAGCCCUUGAUUUCAGAGUACUAAAGUUAAGAAUUAAAAUGUACAGUAAAACCUGUGUAAACCGGCUAUAGGACUAUGAAAAAGGGCCGGGUUGACAUUGGGUUGGUUUAUUCAGGUUUCUGUAUUGACAGGAAGUUAUUGACUUGUGACGUCAGAUAUUUUGCAAGUAAAAGUUCUGUCUCAUUGUAAACUGUAAACUUACAAAUACAAAUACCGUAAUAAUGUAUUUAUUGAAAGUUCAGUCUUCAUUUGUGUGACUAUUUUGACAUGAAUAUUACAAAUGUUCCCUGCCUUUUCGCCAUUUUACAACGAAAGAUCGUUUCUUCAGUCAUUGUAUUCAUUUGCUUUAGAAAUUUCAGAAAUCAGUUGUCCCCUGGAAAAAAAAAUAAAAUAAGAUAACGUUUUUUUUCAUAUCCUUUUAUGUCAAAUUGGCCGCGGUAGCAUCAGUCUCUCAGUUUUGUCAAUUUAACUUUCAUUUGCAUCAGAAUCUCGUGUUGUUUGAAUUGUUCAAAGAGUUUCUUUUACUUCCAUCAUUCAUUUCCUACGUUGGUAAAGCCGAUAAUAAAAGCAAGAAUUUUAUCACACAAAAUUUCGUCAUGAUCGAAACAUUGUUGUACUAUGUACCAUACCCAUAAACUCAACAAUGAAAUGUCAUCGUCCAGGUCUUCUCCAUCAUCAGGGUCAUCAGUUUCAGGGUUCACAACAGACUUUGAAGGGGAAAAAAUGGGACUUCCAAUUUUCGGCCGGAAUGGACAGGAAACCGGUUUAUUCAGGGUCCGGUUUACACAGGUUUGACUGUAAAUGAUAUAAUAUGAGAUUGUAUGUCACACAUAACUUGCACUUUAGGCCAGUACUCUAGAUUUGCACCCUGCAUUUCACCACCUGGCUAGAUCACUGACUGAGGACCAGUUGCUCUACAUAGUUUAAAUAGAGAAUAGUACACCAUACAUGUAAUGACUGAAGAAUGUAGCAAGAUUCUCCAAAAAAAAGAAAACCAUUAAAGAAAAGGCUGAAGAAAAAAAACAGUAUUUAUAUAUGGGUUGUCUCUAAAUAUUGAAUUGUCUUUUAAUUAAAAUGUAACUUGUUAUAAAGAGAGUUUUACAUUGGAAAGUUGUAUUUGAAAGGUUUGGGUUUUUUUUAGGUUGUAUUUAAUAUGUACUUGUACAUUGUUAAAACUUUGAAAGAGAUGUUAAAAAAAGGUUGUAUUGAGGAUACUGUUUGAGUAUAUUUUGGAAAAUGAAGACUGAUGUAGGCUUUUUUGAGUUUCUCAGGGACAUUAUACCUCAUAUCUUAAUGAAUGUGUUCAUUUUUUCCAUCAACUUUAGUCCCUUUAAAUUAGUUUUUCAUGGUUGACUGAAAAUUGUUAUUCAAUUCACAACCUGAUCAAAGUUUCCACAUUCUGUAAUUAUUAAGACGGCAAAUGUGUGGCAUUGUUGUCAGCUGUUCCAAUUAAACACAUAUAUAUUACCCAGGGAAGGCACUUUGAAAAUUGAGUACCCACCUAUUGAAUUAUUUUUUGAAUAUCACCUGCAUUUACACUGUACAAUAACUAUUUGACAUCCAUCCAUAGUUGAGAUUUUAAAGAAUCUUCCCUGAGUCUUGUGCAUGUUUUAAGGGAAUAGUGUUAUUAUUAUUUUUUUCCAGUUAAUAAAUUUGAUUUAGAAGCUAAAAAUAAUUUGAAAAAUUAAAAAUACAAAACACAAUUUACAAGUCUUAUUUAAAAAUAUGUAGUCUCUUUGUUUUAAAAUAUUAAGCUUUGUAUAGCUACGUUCCUCAGUGAUUACAUCUAGAAUGACUAUAUAUGUGAUAAUAUAAUUUGUGUUUUAUGUCUUGUGCAAUGGGCUUUUUUUUGUAUAAUUCAUUUGGCAUCUGUUUCCAUUAUUUUGAGAUUAUGCAUGGCUUCCUUUUUGGGUUUAUCCGAUCAAUUCAAUUUUCCUAAUUUUGUUUUUGAAUGUCUUGCAGUAGCAAGAGUGUAUUACAAAUGUAUCGUUGUUUGAAGAAGCUAUCUGUUACAUAUCUAUAUAAGUAAGUUUGAGAGAAUUUUUAUAUAAUUAUUGUUUGAAUUUUUACUAUAAGAUAUUUAUACAUAUACUUCAUAGUUUAGUGGAAGUGAAACUGAGCUAAGAAAUGGAUAAGCCAAAAAAAUAAAAGAAUCUCUUACUGUUAUUAGAUGUAGCUUUUGCUCUUUUAUAACUUUCUCUUACUACCCUUGUCAUUCUUCAUAAAGAUCAUGAAAAAGAUUGACUUUUUAUUUUAUCAAGUUUUUGUGAAUGUCAACAAAGAAAAAAAAAAUCUCUUUUCUAUUGUCUGGGUGUGUUUUCUGAUCAAGAAUUGAAUAGGUAGACAUCUUGUUUUCAGCUGUAGAUAGCUUGUUUCAAGUUAUCAUAAAUAGUUCUUACUUAUGUUCGAAUAUAUAAGGUAAUAUUUGCAUAAUAUCACCUUGCUGUAUCUAAUUUGACAUGUAAAUAUUUUUAUUAUGUUCCUUUAUUUUAUUUGUUACUUAGAAUCUGUUUUUAUACUUAAGUAGUAGUACAUUGUAUAUUGCCUAGUCAAAUAUUAGCAGUCAAUAUAAUUACAAAAAGGAAUUUCUUUAUGUUCCAGUUUUGUGGAUAUACUAGGUUUUGGUGCUUUUCUUGCCUUCUAGUGCUUCUUGAUAUAUAACAGGGUAAAUUUAAAGUUAAACGACUUUUAUCUCACUUGUUGGUGGUGACAGUAGCACAUUUUAUUUAACCAUUUUGUGACUUCAGUAUUUAUUGAUACAUGCCCCACUCAGAUUUUUAAGUGUAGUAAAUUUUGCACAUUUAGGUAAAAUUUCAUUUGAAAAAAUUCAAAAAAUUCAUCCACCCCAUCCAAAAUGAAUUAAAUAUUUAAAAGAAAUAUGAAAAAAUGUCCUCAUAGAAUAAGGGAAACUUGCAGAUUUAUACAAUUUCUUGUCAGUCUAUUUAUGGAUAUUUCUCAUCCUUAAUCCAAUAAUGGGAUAGAAAUUCAUUAAAGUGCAAUUGAAUUUUAAGAAUGAAUCAAAAUAUUCAUAUCUCUGAAACCAUCAAAGUUUAGAUUCAUUGUAGCUAGGAAUAAUUAAUCUCUAGUAAACUUAAUUUGCAUAACUAGCCACAAGGUUUCUGCAUUGUAAUAAACUGCUGAUUCAAAUACCAUGCUAUUUUUUCAAAUAGCUAUAAUAUAUAUUUGUUGGCACAUACAUCUCUUUGGCAAUAUGAAUCAAAAAAGUAAGUUUUGUUUAGCACAAGAUAAAUGUAAAUAAUUAAUUUUCUUAUUCGUUGGGUGAAACAUGAAUUCCUUGACACUAUGGUAAAUAUAGAAACUAACUGUCAAGACGGUCUUACAAACAACAUUUUUUUUUAGUGGUUCUAUGAUUUGAUUGGCCUACAAAUACAAUUGUAACUUCUGAAAAAGUAUGUUAAGAAAUGAUUUCAUGCUCCACCUAAUUAACAAAAAAAUGUAAUAGCAUUUAAAAGGCAGCUUUACAACAUACCAUCGUAUCUAUAGUUUAUAUCCACAUUCUAUUGUUAUUUUUAUGAUGCAAAUUACAGAAACUUGAAAUUAAGAUUAUUUUUUCUUAUUUAUCUAAUCAUUGAAGUGUGAAGGUGUUCAUUAUUAGAUGGUUCUUUAUUUCUGAAGCCUUUGAUUAUGGUUACAUUUUAUUUUUGAAAUAAUUUAAAAUUUAAUUCAAAGAGUGGGAGGAAAAUGUUUUUGUACUUUAGUAAACAUGAUGAAAUACUUCAGAGAUCAACAAUUUUAGUGAUAUCUAAGUAAUAGAAGGAGACAGGUCUUUUUGAUAGAUUUUACAACUCCUUGAAAUUGGGCAUUUUCAUUUAAUAUUUCACUGUUGUAAACUUGUUCAUACUUGACUUUUUUUAACGAUUUAAAUAUAGAAUUUUGUCUUAGCUAUAUAUAAUUUGAAAUAAGCCUUUUUUUUAUUAAUCAUAUAUAGCUUAUAAAUUUAAGUUAUUAUUUCCUUGCUGAUCAAAAUCCAGUUGGAUACAGAUUCUGUGUCUGCUAAAGUUAUAUACAGUAUUUGUUCUCUUCACUUUGUUUAAAGUUCAAGGGUAGUCCAUGUCAAGCUGUUAUUAUAUUUUGAUUUUGACAGUCCAGAGUAGAAAAAUGGCAUAUCACAUGUUGCAGAUUAUUGAUCAACUUGUCCAGUAAUUUUAUGGCAACUUGUUGAUAAAUUUUCUCAUUUUUGAUUUCUGGUUAUACUCCAGUAAUCACAUGUUUUCAGUCUAUUUCAUCAAUCAUUGAUUGCUCUUUUUUAUGCAACCAUAACAGUUAAACCAGAGUUGUAACUUGUGAGUACUUUUUUGUUUUGUCAGACACCUAUUUCCAGUUUUUCUUUGAAUUAUAAGUGGGAAUAGUUUAAACAUGGCAAUUUGUAAAACUUAUAUAUUUGUUAAAUAUGCAUGUUCAAGGGAAACAACCCUGCACAUACUUUGAAAUGCUUCUUAUUUAGAAAAAGAGAUUUUUCUUAUUAUUGUUUACACAAAUAUUUUAUUAAUUAAUUAAGAUGAUUUUUUGAUAUUAUUUUUGGUGCUGUAGUUGUUUUCAAUAUGUUGAGGGUGUUUUUGCCUUGGAGAGACAUAGGUUUCCCCAAUUCCUAAUGUUAAUUGGACUAAAAGUUCAUUUCUGUAUGAGCUCUUGUGAUACAUCAUUGAUAUUUGGUAUGCAUUAGUAUUUGACGUACAGAAAAGGAUAACCUAGAAAAUUCUGUCCGAAAUUUAAAAAAAUUAAAGAUGGAUAUGUUGCUAGAAAACCAUGCCCACCUUAAAUUCUCAUUGGUAACUUGGUUAUUGUAAACCGAGGCUUUUUUUACAAGUCCUGCAUAGAAAUUAUUAUGUAUAUGUGUUGUGAAUUAGUUUGCUUUGAGUUAAACAAAUCAAAUAACGAUCUUGAAAAAAAAUUGUUUAAGAAGAAUUUACUGAAAAUAUUAAAUCUUUUAUAAUGAUGAUUUUUAACUGCAAGCUAUUGAAUCACUUUAUUAAGCAACUCGAGGGUUUGGCAUAAAAAUGAUGCGAGGACCUAAAAUUUUGUAAUUAAUAAGUUUCCAAAUUAAAAGACUUAAGAAUUGAGACUUGUUUAGUUUACAUGUACCAAUUUAUAUAGAAAUAUAAUGCAUUUUACACAUAAAUAUUUGUGUUUGGAAAAGUUCAAAACAGUGCUACCAAAUUGUUGUAUAAAAAACCAAAACUAUCUGGUUGUGACUAUUUGACCAUUUUCUGACCAUUAACCAUGUUUACAUUGUGUUUUUAUCUAUUUAUCAUUUAAUUUUACAUGUUCAAGAUCAACAAAAAUUGCUUCUAUAUAGAAAAAUAAAAAUCUGAUCAUUCU